AAGAGUCGAUACAACCGCUUCACUAGCACACCCACCUCAAUUAAUCUCUGACUUUCAAAUCAAUCUUACAAGAUGCCCGUCGAAGGAUACGCAGGAGAUGGCCACUUCAGGCAGACUUACAACGACAUCCACAUUCUCUGUCAAGAGACUGCCAAGCGGAUCAAGACCGAGUUUAACCCGGACUUGAUGAUCGCCAUCGGAGGAGGAGGUUUCAUCCCAGCCCGUAUCAUCAGGACUUUUCUCAAAGUCUCCGACUCUCCGGAAAGUAAGCCGAGGAACAUCCCUAUUCAAGCGAUAGGGCUUUCUUUGUACGAAGCUCUGCCGGAUACUUCGGAAGAGGUCGUAGGGAAGGAGGUCAUCCGGACGCAAUGGCUCGAUUUCAGCACGCUCGGGGAUAAGAAUACCAAGUAUGGGGGGUUGUUGGGGAAGAGGAUCUUGGUCGUGGAUGAGGUGGAUGAUAGCCGAGCGACCCUCUCGUACGCCCUCCAGGAACUCCAGAUCGACGUGGAGAAACAGUUGAAAGAGCUCAAGGUCAGCGAAGAGGAGAGGAGCCGGAUCAGGGAGGCUACCAAGUUUGGGAUCUUUGUCGUGCACAACAAGCUCAAACCCAAGGCCGGGGAGAUUAGCAAGGACGUGGCUUAUUUCAGCGGGACGGACAUCGAGGAUCUCUGGGUCGAUUAUCCUUGGGAGAUGCCCGAUAUCUUGAAGCACGACGAGUUGAAGAGGCAGGACGACGAGAUGGCCGUCAAGGGCAAGUAGGCGGUUGUCGGGGGGGAAGGGGCGCGAAGUUGUAACAGGUGUCAGGGCUCAGUAGGGCGUAUUCAUAUAGAGGUUCCGAUUGCGAUGAUCCGAGGGGAUCGUGGGGGUCUGAUCGAGCACCGAGCGAUCGUGUCGCUGUCGUGUCUUUGGUCGACAGUCGACUAUUGAAUACGGAACAACGUUGAGAGAAUGAGAUACAGG